AUGGAUGCUGCGGCGAAGACGGUCGAGUCGCUGUCACAGCAUAUCCUGCCUGAAAAACCCCAUCACCUGUCCUACAACCCCCACUGGCGAUACCGCCCGCGCCCAGACGACGCCGCGCACGGCAGCAGAUCCGGCACGCGCUUCGAGGAAUGGCACAACACUCGCCUGCAAUACAUGACGCUCGUCUCCCACGCCGAUCGCGGCACCCUGCUCACGCGAUCCUACUACGACAUGCGCGAGGAGCCCCCCAAGCCCGUCCCUCGCGAAGUCAGCGCCCUCGCCAAGGCGGGCGGCGACAAGAAGAAGAAGCUGUCGCUCAGCGACUACAAGAACAAGAAGACGGGCGCCGCCUCCUCGGCCUCCCCCCCCGAGCCUGCCAUCGCCAAGCGCAAGGAAGGUGACCGCUUGCUUGCUGGCCCUGCAGCUCCGCCUUUGGACGCCGUCGCCGGCCCCAGGCCGACCAGCGCCGAUGCGAAACCACCACUAGACUCGCACAAACCCACCUCUGACUUCAGAAAACCCGAUGUCUCCAAGCUCCCCGACUCGCAGCCACCGCCCUUUGAUGCGAAGCAGCGCCCACGGGAAAGCGCCAUUGACAUGAGGCUCCCCCCCAAACCACCUUCGUUGCCCCCGAAGCCUCCGUCGCCCCCUGCCAAGAAGCGAGUCGCCGAUAUAGAGGAUGAGUCCCGACCGCAGAAGCGCGCCAAACCCGACGACAGGAGGCUCGCCGAUCGGCCGCCACCCCCCCGCGACGAUGCCUUGCGUCGCAAAGAACGGCCCCAGCCAGCCGCACGAGAUGCGCCUCUCCACAAAGAAGACAGGCCGACUUCGUCCUCCUCGUUGCCCAACGGGCGAGCCAUUUUCAAGGGAGCACUGCACCCCACCCGAAACCCUUCGCCGGGAGCGCGUCCUCGCGGCGACGCCGUUAACGGCGUUCGCCCCCACUCGAGUGGCAGCAAUAUCAGCACGUCUGCCAAGCCAGACACGUCGAAAUCGUUUGUGCCGCCUCUGUUGUCACCUCUAAAAUUGAGCUUUGACGGUGACAGCCGGCCCCAUCCUGACGACGACGAUUUGAGCGCAAGGAAGGAGAAGAGGAGGCGCGACGACUCUGGGGAUUCGAGGCCGACUAUCAAGGCCGUCAAGAAACCAGAGCCACCGUCUGGAAGCAAAAAGAACAAAGUUCCCCUGGUCAUCCCACCACUGCUUUCGCCUACGCUGCCACCGGCAGUGGAAGCAGAGCUGCGGAGGAGGAAGAAGGUCUCGCCCGAGUCGGCAGAUGAAAAGCCCAAGGACGGCAAGGAUGCGCCGGGAGCCAAGAAGAGGCCUGCUUCUGGCGCCAACGACGAAAAAUCCAACAAACUGGGCCACCGCAGGAGAUUGAUGGUCGUGCUCUCGAUACCGAAGGGUCUACGACAGUCUGUCAAGAGAAUCCUAGCGCUGCCAACGGACCGCAAAGACGCCCACUCGCAGGACCGCGAGCGUGGUCGUGAGCGGGACAGAGAACGGGACCGCCCAGGGAGCGACGAGCCACCACAAGCAACCCAAGCGCGAAAGAGGCCUGCCGGCACCGCCGACGUCCCAACCGAGCCCACGGCCAUCAAGAGGCCACGAACAUCCGACGUCGCUCGCGUGGCUGCCACGCCCUCAACACCUUCGAAACGAUCGACAGCCAUGUCCCGCGUCAGCUCCGGCAACUCCAUGGCACAGACACCCGGCGAGGCGGUAAACGCCACGCCCAUGGCUGCGCCGUCUGCCGAUCGGAAACCCAACGGCCACGACCCCUCGGCCCAGAGACCGGAACGACCCGAAAUCAAGACCUUGGCAGACGUGGAGCUCCGGCUCAAGCGCAAGGCCGUUAGCCUCAAGCACGACUCUGAUGAAAUCAUGAGAGUUCACCGCGGCAGCCCAAACGGGACCGGCGCAAAAGGCAACCCUAGCGAGUCUCGGCUCAAGCUCAAGUACGCGCUCGGCGUAGAGAGCAUCCUUGCCUUUGUCAUGUCGUUUCAAGCACAAAACGCCUGGCGUGGCAUGUUGAAUAAGAAACUGGACUACCAGUCGUGGGACAGCGUGCUGCCGCUCAUAGAGUACACGCACAACGAAAUUCGGGGACACGGACUCAACAACUCGAAGCCGCUAUACGUGCUGGUGCUGGUUCUUCAUGCCAUUGUCAUCGACGAGUUGAUCAAGUGCUAUGCGAGCUUGGACGUCCCGCCGCCGUCCAUAACCCUGGAGGGUCUGCUAAAGCUGGAGCGCAGGAAAGCGCGCCUGUGGCCGACAAUCCGCGAUCUCAACGCUCACAUAGGUAGCUCUACGCUGCGCGUGGAAGUUAGCCCCUGGUUUUCCAUCGACGAGGUCACCGGCUCGGGCUUGCGGGUUCUGCGAAAUUGGUGCUCAGAGGAGAGGGUCGACUGGACGCCGGAGCCGAUACUCAAGGAUUCUUGGCCCAUCAACCCCAGACACCCUUGA